GGAACGCAGGUGUUCGGAGCGCUCGAGCUGGAGCUCUGAAGCCGCUAGUCAUGUACCGCUCCACCAAGGGCGCCUCCAAGGCGCGCCGCGACCAGAUCAACGCUGAGAUCCGGAAUCUCAAGGAGCUGCUGCCUCUGGCCGAAGCAGACAAGGUCCGGCUGUCCUACCUGCACAUUAUGAGUCUUGCCUGCAUCUACACUCGCAAGGGCGUCUUCUUCGCUGGAGGCACUCCUCUGGCGGGCUCCACAGGGCUUCUCUCAGCUCAAGAGCUUGAAGAGAUAGUGGCAGCACUACCUGGCUUUCUGCUUGUGUUCACAGCGGAGGGGAAGCUGCUCUAUCUGUCUGAGAGUGUGAGCGAGCAUCUGGGCCACUCCAUGGUGGAUCUGGUUGCCCAGGGUGAUAGUAUCUACGACAUCAUUGAUCCAGCUGACCACCUAACUGUGCGCCAGCAACUCAGCCUGCCUUCUUCCCUGGACACUGAUCGCCUCUUCCGCUGUCGCUUCAACACCUCCAAGUCACUUAGGCGCCAGAGUGCAGGCAACAAACUGGUGCUUAUUCGAGGCCGAUUCCAUGCUCACCCACCUGGAGCCUACUGGGCAGGAAAUCCUGUGUUCACAGCCUUCUGUGCCCCACUGGAGACAAGACCCCGGCCCGGCCCUGGCCCUGGCCCUGGUCCUGGCCCUGCCUCUCUCUUCCUGGCCAUGUUCCAGAGCCGUCAUGCUAAGGACCUGGCCCUACUGGACAUCUCUGAAAGUGUCCUAAUCUACCUGGGCUUUGAGCGCAGUGAACUGCUCUGUAAAUCAUGGUAUGGACUGCUGCACCCUGAAGACCUGGGCCAUGCUUCUGCUCAACACUACCGCCUGUUGGCUGAGAGUGGAGAUAUUCAGGCAGAGAUGGUGGUGAGACUGCUGGCCAAGCCUGGAGGCUGGGCAUGGAUUUAUUGUCUUUUAUACUCAGAAGGUCCAGAGGGUCCCAUUACUGCCAAUAACUACCCAAUCAGUGACUCGGAAGCCUGGAGCCUCCGCCAGCAGUUGAACUCUGAAGACACCCAGGCAGCCUAUGUCCUGGGCACUCCAACCAUGCUGCCCUCAUUCCCUGAGAAUAUCCUCUCUCAGGAGCAGUGCUCCAGCCCUAAUCCACUCUUCACUAUGGGGCCUCCCAGAAGCACUGAUUUCCCCCGUGCUCCGGAGCCCAGUGCUGUCUCAACAUCAGAAGAGCUUCUCCGACCCACCAAAGACCUGGGCUUUGGUUACCUGACAUUCCCAUCUGGCCCUGAGCCUUCUCUUCAAGCAGACCUGAGCAAGGAUUUUGUUUGCACGCCCCCGUACACACCCCACCAGCCGGGAGGCUGUGCCUUCCUCUUCAGCCUCCAUGAGCCCUUCCAGCCCCACUUGCCUAUUCCACCCAGCUCUCUUCAAGAACAGCUGACGCCAAGCACUGCGACCUUCUCUGAUCAAUUGACGCCCAGCAGUGCAACCUUUCCAGACCCACUGACUAGCCCACUACAAGGCCAGCUGACUGAAACCUCAGCCAGAAGCUACGAAGAUCAGUUGACUCCCUGCACCUCCACCUUCCCAGACCAGCUGCUUCCCAGCACUGCCACCUUCCCAGAGCCUCUGGGCAGCCCUGCACGUGAGCAGUCAACUCCUCCCAGCACAGCAUUCCAAGCACACCUGAACAGCCCCAGCCAAACUUUCCCAGAGCAGCUGAGCCCCAAUCCCACCAAGACUUACUUCGCCCAGGAGGGAUGCAGUUUUCUCUAUGAGAAGUUGCCCCCAAGUCCUAGCAGCCCUGGUAAUGGGGACUGCACACUCUUGGCCCUAGCCCAGCUCCGGGGCCCCCUCUCUGUGGAUGUCCCCCUGGUGCCCGAAGGCCUGCUUACACCUGAGGCCUCUCCAGUCAAGCAGAGUUUCUUCCACUAUUCUGAGAAGGAGCAGAAUGAGAUAGACCGUCUCAUCCAGCAGAUCAGCCAGUUGGCUCAGGGCAUGGAUAGGCCCUUCUCGGCUGAGGCUGGCACAGGUGGGCUGGAGUCACUUGGGGGCCUGGAGCCCCUGGACUCCAACCUUUCCCUGUCGGGGGCUGGACCCCCUGUGCUCAGCCUGGAACUGAAACCCUGGAAGUGCCAGGACCUGGAUUUCCUGGCUGACCCGGAUAACAUAUUCCUGGAAGAGACAUCUGUAGAAGACAUCUUCAUGGAUCUCUCUACUCCAGACCCCAAUGGGGAAUGGAGUUCAGGGGAUCCUGAGGCAGCGGUCCCAGGAGGGGCCCCAUCGCCUUGCAACAACCUGUCCCCAGAAGACCGCAGCUUCCUGGAGGACCUGGCCACAUAUGAAACCGCCUUUGAGACAGGUGUCUCAGCAUUCCCCUAUGAUGGGUUUACUGAUGAGUUGCAUCAACUCCAGAGCCAAGUUCAAGACAGCUUCCAUGAAGAUGGAAGUGGAGGGGAACCAACGUUUGAAUAAGUCUGUGACUUAACGUCGUCAAGUAUGGCAUAUUGUCAUCAAGACGUGGAGCCGCUCUCC